AUGUCGGAGUCUAUGGGGAUGUUCGAUAAGCUUCCUUGGAUAGCGCAAGAAAGGAUCUGGGAGCAUUUAUUCGCCGACGUUGCUACCAUGGAGGCAGAUCUGAGCAUUCUCCGUGUCAGCAGAGGAGUAUACAGGAAUGUUGCCCCAUUCCUGUAUCAAUGUGCAGACUUAGAUUUUGAUAUUUUGCCGCAGCUCCUUUUCAGUCGAUAUCUGUGUUUGGUGACUUUUAAGCGCAAUAGAAUCCCAUAUGGGCACGAGCCCAAGGGCUUGAUUUAUGCGCCGGAUGACGCGAGUUGCAGCUUCGGCGAAUUUCCCUUUCACCUGGUUCGAAGUGUACAGGUGUCCGUCUUCGCCCCGAUACGAGUCGACGGUGGCUCUCUAUACUUGCUUUGGAAUACCGUCCGGAUGGUGGUGGAUCUGCUGCGGGGUGCUGUUUGGAUUAAAAAGCUGGCGGUCUGCUUCUAUAACGCGGGAGACCAAAGUUGUUCCUGGGGAAAGUGGAGCGGCGACUGCGGCAGCAAUUACGACUACAAUAUCGUGGCCCGGCUCUUUUGCAGUUUGAAGAACGUGGGAACCAUCAGCGUAGAGCCCAGGUGCGGGGAGUUGAUAGACAUAGACUGGAAGGAGGUUUCGAGCGCAGUGCUAGUCGCCCAGUAUAGGAUGUGGGAUAUCCACGAGGAGUAUUCUCUCAGCCGCCGGUUAGACUAUGACUACCUGUGGAUUCACCUGGAGCUAUUUACAUCGUUCCGGGGCGCGGCCUCCCGCAAAGUGCGGUCCCUGUGGCUUAGUGACUGGUACUAUCCCGAUCGCCGUGCGUCCAAGUUCGAAACCCGGGUGUCCCAGAUCAUGAAGCGGCACCCGGAUGUCAUCGCACAGCUGGAUCCCCAUCUGCGGAAAAUACGCCGUAUCCACCGGGCGAUGGUGACGUUAUAUGCCCAUGCAAUGCAGACCGUACACAGGGUCAACCUUCAACCCCAUCCGCGUCCCCCGAAGCCCCUGUCUGAUUCCGACCGGCCUUGUGCAGACUGCGUGCUUGAUACGGCCGUGUGGGGGGCUUGUUUCCCCGCCGGCGUUCCAGCCUGGAAAUCCACGGAAUAUCAAUCUACCCUAUUACCUAUUCUGGCCUCUUACGAGGAGGUCUUUAAGAGAUGUUUUCACAGCCACUGCUUAUUUUCCACUAUAUGCCCCAUAUUGCUCGAUUGGGUUGCUAUAUUAGUGAGCACAGGGUACGCUGACGUCCAAGUUCUGGGAGUGCUGUGA